AUGGCUACUGGACAGUCCCGAACAUCCUCGAGUCGCGCCGAAGAUAUCAAAAAAUGGCAGAUCCAGACACGCGACGGAGAUGAGAGGACCGUCUCAACGGCCAAUAUAUCGACACUUUAUGAUGGCUUAAUGAGCUUCCUCAAGGCCAUCUUAGCUCACACCAGAGAGCAAGGGACCGAGGUUUCGUACUACUCGUCCUUGGAGCAGAGCAUCGCAACCUUGUUCUUCUGGGGGCGGGAUUUUGGCGUAUCGCAGGGCGAGCUUGACGCAGCGCUGCAGUAUUCUCACCGCCUGCGUGACACCGUUCUGACUCUUCUCGUUGCUUUGGGAGAUCUUCUGAAUCUCGGACUGGUACAGGUCGUUCCUACGGUUGAAGAACGCCAGGCACUAUCCAAAACCUCGAAGGUAGCCUCGCUUACGGAAAAUGCUAAGCUCUUAAUCGACGAGCCGGUGCAGGCGGCGAAUUACAAUGGAGAGACUAUCGAGCAGCUUUGCAAAUCGUUGAAGAACAUAAUCGAAGGACUUACGAUCCUGAGUCCGAGCCUAGAGGCAAUUGCAGAUGACGAAUCUGACGAAGAAGAAGCUAGGGCCUGGGUGCAGCUCAAGGACCGGGCUGCUCAUGAGUAUUUUAUCGAUAUCGUUAGCUCACGUUUUCCAUCUGCCAGCCAGCAACUUGUGCAGGCGCUUGGUCAGUCCAACUGGGAUCGAUACAACUAUAUCCAGAGAUUGCGCGAAAAUGCAAUCGAUGAGCCGACUCUAGUUGGGACAGACAAAGCUCGAUCCGAGUUUCAUGACUCUGGGAUUGGAAGUUCAGCCCCAGCUCAAUCGGUAGUCGCUAUCGACCGUCUGGAGUACGCGGCUACCGUCGUCUCAAUACGAAUGUUGUUUAAGGAUCGCGAAGCUAUGACGAGUCACUUGGAGUCACAGCACGGUAUGAUUAACGAAUCGACAUCAAGUACCUGCCCACUCUGUCUUGAAGAGAUAUAUGGAGGUCGCGACAUCGUUUUUCUUCACUUCUCUCGUCAUAUGGAGGAAAUAGCGCUCGGAGUGUUACCCCAGGGAUCACAAUCGGAAGAUGGCUCAGCAAGUUCAGAUGAUGAGGGAGUGGAGCAGCCUCCAAACGAUGCAUUGCAAUCAGAUGGCUCUCAUGAUUUGCCUCCUGAAAAGCUACCCGGGAGCAUCCCAAUAAGCAAGGCGCCCACUGAAGAAGGCUCAGCUCACAGCACUUCUGCGCGGUUCCAAAGGAGAGGACACGUCGUAGGCAGGCUCAAGUGCUAUAGCUGCAAAAGAGAUAAGCAGCAAUGUAUGCCUCAAGAACGUAAAUGGCCACAGCGAUGCGAUCGAUGCGUCAAAAGAGACCUCCCAUGCUCAGAAGGCCUGCCCCGGCCCCGACGCCAAACAUUGAACAGUACUCCCGCACAAUCGGUGAACAGGGAUGAGUUCCAGAAUACACACGACCAAAAGCCACUCACAUCCACAACAAGGCUUAGCACAAGUUUUGAGGGAGACGAAGAGCCCUACACUACCAAGUGCAUUUGCGGCUACUCCGAUGAUGAUGGGAACACAGUCCUGUGUGAGUCGUGCGAUACAUUGCAACAUAUCCAGUGUUACUACGAAUCUGUCGGCGAGGUCCCAGACGUUCACGAAUGUGGAGAUUGCAACCCCCGACCUCUCGACUUUGUGCGCGCACAAAAAAGACAACAGCAUCAAGUAUGGUACAACAGUGACUACUCCAAGUUAUUGAAGGCGUCUGAAGCUUUUUUGGAGGACGUACCACCCACAACUGGUCACGGAGGUCGAACUAGGGAAUUGACAAUCGAGUUUGGUAGCAAACUUGACGAGCAUGGAUUUCUCCAGACAGCUGCCCAAGCGAGGGAACAUGAUAACAACGACUCAAGUGAGUCAGCUGAUCCAGGAUCAGAAGCAUAUGUGCCACCCGAACGAGUCACGUGCGUCUAUCGCAGCACCCGUGGUGAAAGAUGCGUGAACGUCGAGGAGCAUCAUUUUAAAGGCCACCGGGACAAGCGAGGUCGUAUCAUCGGGACUGGUCCAUACGAAGGGGACGAUGAAAUUCUCCCCAGCGUAAAAGAUUGGCCAUCGAACCUUGCAGCGCGUGAUGUAGAGCAGCGACAGAUGCGACAGCAGAACGGACUGCCCAAUCUAUCCUCGGCUAGACUUGGCAGCUUGACCGGAGAUGAGCACCUUGGGCAAGCUUCUCUCGAGAUGUCGUCACACUCUUACGAUAAGCAUCUCCUUUCGAGGUUGAACACGAACUCUGUACAAAGCGCCAGCCACGAAAAGAGUGAGGCCGCCAAGAUAGGCCUCCAGGCUGCUCAGCGUGCCCACGCUCAGCAAGCGGACAAUUCCUCUCAUCGGCAUCUCGACAAUGAGAAAGGUGCCAGACUCGGACAUGACGGGAGAGAACCGUGGAUUGAACAGCAGAGUAGCGCAAUGCUCCCUCCUCCACGUCAUCCAACCUCUCAUUCCGAGCUGCAUGAUAACCUUGGCGACUGGGGGCCGGUCUACCACUUCGCAGGGCACGGAGACUCGGAGUCUAUGUCCCAUCAAUCCACUACUGUUACAGGUCCGGCUAGCGCCUUACCUGCAUUAGAGGAACUAGCUCCGCCAUCAGUAUUGCGCGAAGCGACAUCCGGUACCUCGAAUCAUCGUCGAGGGCCUUGGUCUCCACAUGAAGACCGCUACCUUAUCGAGCUUGUGAAUCGGAAUGGACCGCACAACUGGGUCCGAAAUUCGCAAGAACUGGGUACACGGUCACCAAAGCAGUGUCGAGAAAGAUAUCAUCAAAAUCUUAAACCUACGCUGAAUCGCGAUCCGAUCACCCCAGAAGAGGGCGAGCUCAUUGAGCAGUUGGUCGGCGAAAUGGGUAAGAGAUGGGCUCAAAUCGCACGGAGGCUCAAAGAUCGCAGUGACAACGCCGUCAAGGAAUGGUGGAAUGGAAGCCACAGACGAAUGACAAACCAUAAGAAGUAA